CUUUCGAGACGGGACUUCAAUAUCUCUAACGACUCUGAUUGUCUUAUUAGCAAGGGCACUGCACUGGCAAAAAAAUCCCCAUCACCCCCAGGAACAGAGCCCUUGACCUCUAAGUCCUUAGAAUGCGACGAUGCGAAGAUAUCAGGGACCUCGUUUGAGAAUGCACGUGGAUCAGUUCCUGCAGACACUGCGGGGCUAACCACAUCGAGUGCCUUGCAGGUCAGCGGCUAGCAGGAUCUCACAGUCCACUCGAGACUUGAGUGGUAGCCAGUGCAGAGACGGGAUAGCAGCUGUGUGAUGUGCAGACCCGAAACGGUGUGCGCAUUCGGACAUGAUGAUGAUGAUGUUGUUGUUGUCGUUGAUUCGGGGUCAGGACAGAUGCGAAGGAGGAGGAGGAUCUAUCCUCAACUCCGAUGACCUGUGAUCUUUGCAGGAACCUAUUUCGUCUUCUCCAUCCUGGCUCCUGCUGCCGCAAACCGUCGGGCAGUGCCUCGACCAUGACCGCCUUCCGCGGUGUCUUCACGCGCCCCUUCCUCCGCGCCCUCGCGUCGGAGCUCGCGGGCACCGCCCUCUUCCUGCUCCUCUCCCUCGGCUCCGUCGUUGCCUGGGCCGGCUCCGACCGAAGCCCCGGGGUGACCCACACCUCGCUCGCCUUCGGCCUCUCGCUCGCCACGGCAGUCCACUGCUUCGGGCACGUGAGCGGGGCGCACCUGAACCCCGCCGUCACGGUCGCGAUGCUCGCGGCGCGCAAGACGACGCUCGCCAAAGCUGCUCUCUACGUUGUCGCCCAGUGCCUUGGGGCUACGGUGGGCGCCGGGCUACUCGUGACCGUCACUCCCGAGGAGUUCCGCGGGUCGCUGGGGGUCACACGGGUGAGGGAGGGUCUGGGCGUGGGCCGCGCCUUCCUGGUGGAGGCGGCGGUCACGCUGCUGCUCGUCCUCGCCGUCUUCUCCGCGGGAGACGCGCGGCGCCGGGACUCCUCAUCGGGGCCUCUCGCGAUCGGCCUCAGCGUCACCGCGGGGCACCUCUUCGCUAUCCCGUACACUGGUGCCUCCAUGAACCCCGCGCGCUCAUUGGGACCGGCCCUCGUUAUGGGAAGCUUCGAUGACCACUGGGUCUACUGGGUUGGCCCCACGGUGGGCGCCGUGGUGGCGGGAGCCGCCUACCGCUUCCUGCUGUGCCCGGACUCGGAGCCUCCGGCUCGUGGCGCUCCAGAGUCGCCCGCCGACUCAGAGCCGCAGUGGUCGCGGUGGCCGGAGCAGCUGGCCCCCCGGGAUGACGACCAGAGGCUGUCGGCCGCCCACGAACUCUCCCCGCCACCCCACGCCGCGUCGCGCUCCGAGCGAGAGCCCGAGCGCCUCGUGCUGAGCCCCACGGUGCACGUGAUCCAGCUGGAGCGGUCCGGGGGAGAGCACGCGCAGCGCAAGCGCAGCUCCUCAGAGCUGUGAC